AAAAAAAAUCUCUUCAGCAGUUCAGCCUUCACUUCAUCACUUUCUUUAUCUUUCCUCAAGCCGCGAACCCUAAACCAGAAACACAAAAAUGGCGGAAACAAAACGGAAAAGGAUUGAUAAUGGAGGAAAAAGAAAACCUAUUCAGUCAUCUUCUGGUAAUAAUAAGAAGAGGAGGAAGAAUAAGAAGGACGAGAAACACAGUGGACCUCGCUUACCAAAUCAGCUUAGAAAACAGAUUGAAUUCUUAAACCAGAAUAGUGAACCUGUUCAUUCAGAUGAAGAUGAUGAGGAGAUUGAUUCGGAUGAAGAGGUUGGAGGAUUACACAUUAAUGAUGAUCUCUACGAGUAUGAAGAAGUUAUCCCUGAAGAGGAAUCUAAGAAGAAUCGGAGAUUUGAUCCUGUUGAUAAUCUCGAGUAUGAACUUCCUGAAGGGUUUAAGGAUGAGAAUAUAGGAUCAGAUGACGAUGAGGAGGAUGAUGGUGAAGAUAAUGAUGGAAGUAGAGGAAAUGAGGAUUCUGAACUAUCGGGUGGUGAGGAGGAUGGAAAACAUUCUAGGUUGUUGCAAAGAAUCACUGGAAUGCCCUCUGAGGCGUUUGACGGUAAAGCAGUUAAGAAGAAUCUAACUGUAUCUGAAGCAUAUCCUGAAUCUGAAUUUAAUCCUAGUCGAGAUGCAUUGGAUGGUAGUGGUAAGAUUGGAAUGGCGGAUCUAAUGGGUCCACUUCGUGGAACUGCUGGAUAUAAUAAACUUAACAAGAGAAUCAGUCAAGUGGAGAAAAAAUCCAUGGCGAUUCUUACACCUCUUGCUAAAGUGGAUCAGGAGAAGAUAGAAAGAAUGAAUGCUUAUAAAAUUACAAGGAAGGAAGUUACUAAAUGGGAACCCUUAGUAAAGAGGAACAGGGAGGCGCCUACUGUGUUCUUUGGGGAACAAACUGAUGUGGGGUUUGCUACUGUAGGAGCAAUAGCAUCUGAAUUUACUCCUAGAACCGAGUUUGAGAAGAAAAUGGCUUCAAUCGUUCAGGAUGAUGAGGUUGUGGAUGCACACAUGAAGGAUGGUGCGAGGCUUCUUGAACUCAACAUGAUAUCUGUUGAGGAUGUGAAAGACCGCCAGAAUCACCUUGCAAAAAUGCGUAGCCUUCUGUUUCGGCAUGAAAUGAAGUCAAAACACAUUAAAAAGAUCAAGUCCAAAACUUAUCAUCGUCUCAAGAACAAGGACAAAUUGAAGACAACAUUUUCUGACGAGCAAUUGGAUCCUGAUUCAGCUAAAGAACUUGCAUUUAAGCAAGAGCUCAAACGAGCUGAGGAACGUAUGACAUUGAAACACAAAAACAGCUCCAAGUGGGCAAAACGAGCCAUACGGCGUGGUUUGGCUAACCAGGACGAAGGAACUAGAGCUGCUAUCUCUAAUCAGCUUAAUCAACAUGCAAUUUUGACCAGAAAAAUGAAGAGUAUGAACGACAGUAGUAGUAGUGAUGACAGUAGUGAUUUUGAUGACGAUGACGAUCUUGAAGCUGUUGCAAACAAUGAUGAGCCUUUGAAAUUGGUAAACAAGGCAAAAGAGAAAACCCUUAAAAUUUUAGAAGAUGAGGAUGAAGCUCCAAAAUCAGGAGUUCUUGACUUACCUUUCAUGGUUCGGGGAAAUGAAAGGAGAAAAAAGGCAGUUGAUGAAGAAGCUAGGCUUGCACUUAAAGAGUAUGACUCAUCUUUGAGGGAGCUGGAAGAGAAUUCGGAUGAAGCAGAACGUUCGAAAAAAGCAACGUCAAGUGGUAGACGCGUUUUUGGUUCGGCAGCUAAAAACCAGUCUGACGAAAUGAGUAGGAAGAUUAAAUCAAAUAGGGUGGAUAGGGAUAGAAAUAGUGACAGUGAAGAUGAAUUUGCAACUGAAGAUUUUGGUGAUGCUGUAUCCAGCAGAAAUAUGGUGGUUUCACAGAAAAAUGUUCACAUUGAUCCUAGCGGUGCAGUUAGUGGAAGGUCCAACCCUGGUCAGGAACCUGUUUUUAAGAGAUUUGAUGAUAUUGUUGGAGAGCCUGGCCCGAAGACGACGUAUGAUGUUGCUAUAUUUGCAUCGAACUCCUUCAAGAAGAUGAAAAGUGAAAAUAAAAAAUCCAGUACCAAUAAAAAGAACUCGAAGGCGGUAGACCCUGCUUUGCCGCUUAAAGAGACCAAGGAGGAAGACGAGGAUAGUGGUAGUGAGAGUGGAGAAGAGAUGGUGGAUGGAAUUCUUACUUCUGGUACCAAGCCAGAAUAUAAACUUCCGUCUCAGGCAGACCUUAUACGCAAUGCUUUUGCUGGUGAUGAUGUGGAGGAAGAGUUUGAGAAGGAAAAAUUAGAAACUCUGAAUGAGGAAAAUCCUGAACCUGAGAAGCCAACUCUAGUUCCAGGCUGGGGUCAGUGGACUCAUAUCCAAAAGAAGAAAGGUUUACCUUCUUGGAUGGUCGAAGAGCAUGUAAUUGCACAAAAGAAAAGGGAAGAUGCGCUAAAAGAGAGAAAAGAUUCGCAUCUCAAGCACGUAAUUAUUUCUGAGAGGCUUGACAAGAAGGCUGAGAAGCUACAUACAGCGACAGUGCCAUAUCCAUACACAUCCCAAGAACAGUAUGAAAGAACUCUCCGUGUGCCUCUUGGACCCGAUUUCAACCCAGCCACAAAAGUUGGUGCCCUUAUCCGGCCUGAUGUGGUAAAGGAACCAGGAGUAAUUAUAAAGCCCAUCGAGUAUGAAGAAGUGGAUCCUCACGGAAAAUCAGAGGAGCACAAGGGAAAAGGGAAGACACAACCGAAGAAGAAUAAACCUGACAAAGGCAAAAGUGUUCGCAAGACUAAAAAAUUAAAGACAAAAACCUUGCAGUAACUAUGCCUUCUUUCUAUUACCGGUUCAAUCAUACUCGUUGUCAUUGCUUAGAGUAGCUUGAUCUUUUUCUUUGCUUUUUUAAUCAUGAACGUUGUGACUUUUUUUAAUCCUAGUUCAAUUUUGUUCAUCUUAAACUAGGAACCAUUUUAAUGAUAUCACUAUUUUUGAAUAACCUGGUGUGCUGUUUUUUGUCUGAAAGUAAAUCAAAAGCUCUUUUAUAUGAGAGGUAUCCUCAUUAAAUUUCCACACACUGAAAUUUUUUGAUCUUGUUGUAAUUGCUGGUUCUGCUGGUGGUUUGGAUGUUGCAUUAAUUGACUGCUAUAAUUUGAUAUA